AUGGCGCCGUCCGUGAUGGAGCCAGUGGCAGCGUUCGAUGUGCCAACCAAGGUGGCACCGAACCUCGUUGCGCCGGAACCAGAGCACUGCCCUGGACCCGAGUCAGAGCAAGCAGGAAAAGGCGAUGCCUGCGCUGGCUGUCCCAAUCAAGCCAUUUGUGCCUCUGCCCCGAAGGGGCCCGAUCCCGACAUCCCCAUCAUCACCGAACGUCUCUCUCAAAUCCGACACAAGAUCCUUGUACUAUCCGGCAAAGGUGGUGUCGGCAAAUCCACAUUCUCCUCGCUCCUUGCGCAUGCGUUCGCAUCAAACCCUGAAUCUACCGUCGGCCUCUGUGAUACUGACAUUUGCGGGCCCUCGAUCCCGAAGAUGAUGGGUGUUGAAUCGGAAACGAUUCACGUUAGCAACGCAGGCUGGAGUCCCGUAUGGGUGACCGAUAAUUUGAGUGCAAUGAGUAUCCAAUUCAUGCUGCCGAACCGAGACGACGCAAUUAUUUGGAGGGGCCCAAAGAAGAAUGGAAUGAUUAAGCAGUUCCUGAAGGAUGUGGACUGGGGCGAGUUGGACUAUCUGAUUGUUGACACGCCGCCUGGGACUUCGGACGAGCACUUAUCUGUGAACUCACUUCUGAAAGAGUCUGGCGUGGACGGAGCGGUGGUUGUUACGACCCCUCAAGAAGUAUCGCUUCUCGACGUCCGGAAGGAGAUUGAUUUCUGCCGCAAGGCUGGCAUUCGUAUCCUGGGCCUAGUCGAGAACAUGCGGGGGUUCGUCUGCCCAGGAUGCUCCAAUACAUCGGAAAUCUUCCGUGCUACGACAGGAGGUGGCAAACGACUGGCGAAAAAAAUGGGCAUUCCAUUUCUGGGUUCAGUUCCUCUUGACCCAAGAGUUGGAAUGGCUUGCGACUACGGCGAAAGCUUCGUGGACAACUUCCCGGACAGCCCAGCGUCAAAGGCCAUCAAGCAGGUUGUACGGUCGGUUGGCGAAAUGCUUGGCGAGGAUCCAAAUAAAGUGCUCCCGCCUGACGAUAAUGAUAUGGUGGAGUGA